AUGAAAGGCAAUAAAAUAUCAUCAUUUCAGGGUUUCCUUAAACUAACCAAAAGAGUUAGAAAAAGCAAAACAAAUUCAUUGACAACGUCCAUCUUCUCACUUCCAAAUGAGCUACUCAUCACAGAGGUUUUAGCUCGGGUGGCUGCCACUUCUGUCUGUGAUUUCUUCAAUCUCAUCUUAAGCUGCAAGGCUUUUCAUCAAACGGCUGAUGAUAACUACAUACUUGGACAUGUAUCUCUUGACAAGGUUCCUGUUAUUCCAUGGCGUUCACCUAAACAAGCUUUCUUCUUGGAAAAAUGCAAAGAGACUGGACAUCCAGAAGCUUUAUACAGGGAAGGAGUGGUCCAAUACUUCAGCUUUGCAAAAGUGGGAGAGGGACUAAACUGUCUAAACAGUGCAGCGAAAGUAGGGCAUGUAGGAGCCGCUUAUGUGCUGGGAGUUAUCCUACUUUGCAUAGAUAAAGGAGGAGACGGUAGACGACUUCUAAAUUACGUAAAAUCAAAAAAAGGAAUCGGAGAAAGUCGAAAGAAAUUUAAGGAUGUAAUUAAUAGACUUUGGCUCAACAAUUUCUUGGAACCCAAUCCUAAUGCUUGUCCAAUGCAAGCACAGCACAGAAGAAAACAAAGGUGGCCUAGUGACGAUGACGAUGACGAUGACGAUGAUGUGAGUUGUGAAGCUUGCGGGUGCCACUUGCAAGUAAUUUUCGUUUGUAAUCUUCUACGUGGGAUAGUUACUUACUAAACAACAAAUAGGAAGCAAUCAUUGUCUCGAUGCUUUUGCAUAGCUAUUUCUUACUAGCGGUACCGGUGCUUGAAAGCAGCCGAGAGCGCCUUGUAUUGAACUUUAAUAUUGGAAGUGGGAAUGUUUGAACUGUAGCAUCUCUAUGGAUUAUGGACUUAAGGUUCAAUCAUCAACGACUUAUUUUGUCUUUUAACA